AUGGAGAAGGACAAUCCCCCACACUUGGUGACUCCCACAUCAGUGAAGGCUAUCAUCUCAAAGAUUGAGGCUGCCCAGCUAAUUCGGACUCAGGAGGAUAUUUCCACCCAGCUCUCAGACAUCUUGGACAAUGUCAACUGCGCCAUAAAUCGCUUCCAGGAAGAACUGGGAUACGAUUUAAAGGAAAAGGCAAAGCCUCUCCAACCAGAGCAGAAAGGCAAGAAGAGAUUCAUCUUGCUGGAGAAAAUUGCCUCCUUCUCCAAAGAUGCUAAGGCUAAGGAGAAACACCUGUAUGAGAUCCUGCGCUGGCUGGGAGACUGGGGUGACAGUCUGACCUAUGAGAUGAAGGAUAGGAAGAGCGCGGAGGAAGAGGAAGCCCUGGACGAAUGGAUCGAGGUGAUGGAGAAAGUGUUGCCUCUCUCCCUCAUAGCCACCAAAGGAGGCAUCGAGUCUCUCAUCUCUCUUUGCUCCACUCUCAUUGAAGAACAAAAGAAAAGGACGCAGAUGUCCAAACAUAACUUCUGGCAGGACUGGCGGGAGAAAAGACCACAGAAGUCCUCGCUCCUUCCUCAGCCACUGAGCCCAGAGCAGAUGCUCCAAGACAAGAAUACCACCUGUACAAAGGUCUCCGAGGUGAAGUCCAUGCUGCAGGAGCUCCUUGACUCCACCAUGUUCAACAAAGGAGAGGUCAAGGCCAUCAGAUACAUGUCCACUGUCGUGGAGAACCUCAACAAGGCCUUGAUCCUCCAGCAUAAGGAGAACAGGAAUCUGGAGUUGAAAUACAGAUGUUUGCAGGGGGAGAUGACCAAAGAGUUGCACAGCCAGAGGCUAUACUUUCAGAAAUCCAUCCAGGUCCUCGAGAGCAAAAGGGAUGCUCUGCUAAAGCAGGUAAAGGUUCUAGGGGGUAAAUACCAUGACCUCCUCACAAUAAAGCAUGCCCUGGAAUUCCAGCUGAAGACCAUUCAGACUGCUGGUGGUCUGGAAGAAACCCCUGAGAAAGGGACCCUUCCAAAGAAAGAUACAGCCCUGGAAGAACCCCAACCGGAGCUCAAGGAGGAAGAACUGUUGUUCUCACCGCUUUCCCAAAGCCACCUGGCCAAGGCCUGGGACAGCAGCACACCGCCCGCCCAGCAGCCGCUCCCCACCCCAGCCACAGAUUCGAGGAUCGAAGAUGCGUUCCCUGGCCACACUGAACACCUGGAGCCUGUGCUGCUCCAUCCGGAGGCUCUCCGGUUCCCUACACAGUGGGAACCAUUGGUGGAAGAGGCCCCCGGACAGGGAGGCAAAGAGCAAGUGGACCACUCCUCCCCAGCGAGCUCCAGGAGGACGCUGUUGGAGAGCCACAUGGAGCACUGGGAGGAAGAGCUGGGCUGGGAGACCAAGAGGCAACGGUGGCUGCAGGAGGAGGAGAUGUGGCUACAGCGGCAGAAGAAGUGGACCCUGCUGGAGCAGGAGCACCAGGAAAAGGUGCGGCAGUGGGAGGCGGAGGAGGCUGCCAGGCAGCAGUGGCAGAGACUCACCCAGCCGGAAGAGGAGGCACGGAGCCCCAGGAAAGCCUCCGGGGAGCGGAAGGGAGGCUCGGAGAAGCUGAUCUUCACGACCACCAGCCGGUGGAGGAACCUGGAGAAGUCAGAACCAUCAUCAGCGCCUUCCCCGUGCCGGGCACAGUCUGCCCGCCAGAGCAGGAGGUCCCAUUUACCCAUGUCUGCACACACCCAGCAGCCUGGCCAGGGAACCCAGAGGAUCCUGAGUUCAACGGAGUUGAUACAAACGCCACGGUCCCGCCAGGUUUCUGCUAGACCCAAAAAAUGUGCUUCUUUUCCCAUCACGGGGACGUCCAUCCGAAGGGUGGCCCGGCCCGCUUUGCAGAAAGCCCCAGUGACCCCUAAGGACAAGGUGUACCACAUAGACAUGGGGGGCCAGCUGAAGAACCUGCAGAUCCUGGGUAGUACGGAAUCAGAGCUGGCACUGCCACAGUGCCUACGCAGCAAGGCCCUAGAAGUCACUGCCAUUGCCAUGGAACUGAGUGUCCUCAGACUACAGAACCUGUGCAAGAAGUACAUCCAAUACAGAUGUUUCCAGAGCCUCAGACAAGAAGUGAUCAAACACAUCGGGGCCACUCGACAGGUGAGGGUCACCUAUAAGGCCCAGAGCCUCUACAUGUUCCUGGAGAACAUUGACCGUCAGCAGACCCUCAAGCUGCAGGCCUGGACAGACAGACAGAAGGACCUGGAAGAGAAGCACCAGGAGUACCUGAAAAACAUGGCGACCAUGUUCCCUAAGCUCAAGCAAGAGUGGAACAUCCACCUGAACAGCCCUGUGGUCCUCCCUGCAAAGCCAGGGAAAUGCAAGUCACCUCCAGUCUUACUCCAGAGAGUCCGCUCCAAUGGUGCCACCAACAAGCAACCCCCACCGCCACCCCCACCGCCACCGCCACCCAAGCAGCACCGGGAAUCUGUGCCCCUGCGGAUAGCUGGCCAACAAGGGAACCAGAUGGAAGCCGUAUGGAAGACAGACGUGGCCUCUUCAAGCCACCCGAUAGAAAAGAAGACCCCUGCAAGCCUGUCCUGGGACCAACUAGGGGGAUAUCCAGACAUCCCCAGGCUAUUGGCCGUGGAUGAGCAUUCUUACCACAGAAGCUUGAUGUCCUUCAAGACUCGCUCUUUCAGUGCCUCAGCAAUCCCAAGAAAGGAAUGCCAGGAACCCUCAGAGGAGCCAGCUGAGCUUGUCCGCAAAAUGUCCAGCCAGUCACUCCCCGGAUCCCUACAAAGCCAGAAGGAUGGGGCAGCUCCGGUUCCCGCUCCAACCCUUAGUGAGUCUCCGGGUCACUAA